CAAUCCUCUUUUUUUCUUCAAACUCGUCCUUUUUUCCGAUUUCGGGCUUAAAUUUUUCUGAAAAAUUAAUAUAAAGCUACAAGAUGCAAAAACAUAAAAGGUAUCGGCGCGGAGAAAUUGGAGAACAAGACUAGUAACUUUCUCGGGAAAAUUUGAAAGAAAAAGAAAAAAAUUACAGAUGAUAAGAAAGAAGAAUUUUAGGAAGAGAAGUAUCCAAGAAGUAGACGAUCAGAACAACAACAGCCAAGCCGCAUCAGAUGACGAAGAAGAGAGGAGGUUGGCGUUAGAGGAAGUGAAAUUCCUGCAAAAACAAAGGGAAAGGAAAUCAGGAAUACCCGCAAUUUUAACUUCAUCAUCGUCUGCUGUUCAACAGCAGAUUAGUAACGUGCAAAAUCAAAAAAAAGCAAGCGAAAAGAACGAUGCAGGUGGAGAUGAAAAGGAAGAGCUUGUUCUUCAAGAUACAUUUGCUCAAGAAACUGCUGUUAUGGUUGAAGAUCCCAACAUGUUGAUGUAUGUUGAGCAAGAAUUGGCGAAGAGAAGAGGGAAGAACAUUGAUGCAACACCAGAGCAAGUUGAAAAUGAGUUAAAGCGCGCUGAAGAUGAAUUGUACAAGAUUCCCGAACAUCUUAAAGUGAAAGGGCGAAACUCAGAAGAAAGCUCUACCCAGUGGACCACUGGGAUUGCGGAAAUUCAGUUGCCCAUUGAAUACAAAUUAAAAAAUAUUGAGGAAACGGAGGCUGCCAAAAAACUAUUACAGGAGAAACGGCUAACGGGCCGGGUAAAAUCGGAUUUUAGCAUCCCAUCAAGUUACAGUGCAGAUUAUUUCCAACGUGGCAGGGAUUAUGCUGAGAAACUUCGAAGAGAACAUCCGGAGCUAUACAAGGAUAGAAGCUCCCAGGAUGAUGGUGCUGGAACCAAACCGGCUGAUAACAACGCUGAUGCAACACGCAGAGAAGCUGCAACUGAUGAGUUCAUGCUAGAACGUUUCAGAAAAAGAGAACGCCAUCGGGUCAUGCGGAGAUAGCACAGCCUUUUGAGAGUGCACUUUUGUAAACACUAAAUGAUAAUUGCCAUUGUGAUGAUUAAAAUUACUUCUAGUAUUUAAUGGAUAUUUAGAGUUUGUUCAA